UUACAACCAGCACAAGCUGUCAGACAGAGAAAAGGAGCGCUGCUGAAAUCACUUGUCCAGAAGAGACUUCGGAAACAAACACGCCAUGGAGGCUGGAGCGAGAGGGAUGCACUGGAAACUUUUGAUACUUUCUUGUCUUUUGGCGGACGGGAUGAGCCAGGACUUUGGACAGACCCAGUUCAUUUGCACGUCCGUGCCCAAGGAUAUGGACAUAUGCGCCGCCACACUGCAGAACAGCGUGCCUGGGGAGGAACAAUUUAGCCGGAAUAACAACUCCGUCCAGGCGAACAGCUUGAAGGAUCUUCUGCAGACCAAAAUUGACGACCUGGAGAAGCAGGUCCUGUCCCGUGUGAACGGUUUGGAGGAAGGAAAGCCCGGGCUGCGCAACGAGAGCGAACAGCGCGGACGCGUCGAGUCCACUCUCACCUCACUGCACCAGAGAAUAACCGAUCUAGAGAAAGGGCAAAAGGAAAACAGACCACUGGAUAAAUUCCAGCUGACAUUCCCUCUGAGGACCAACUACAUGUAUGCUAAAGUCAAGAAGAGCCUGCCAGAGAUGUACGCCUUCACCGUCUGCAUGUGGCUCAAAUCCAACGCCUCUCCAGGAGUGGGGACGCCUUUCUCAUAUGCAGUCCCGGGACAGGCCAAUGAACUGGUUCUUAUUGAGUGGGGAAACAACCCAAUGGAAAUGCUCAUCAAUGAUAAGGUUGCUAAGCUGCCUUUCCUGAUCAAUGAUGGGAAAUGGCAUCACAUUUGUAUCACAUGGACAACUCGAGAUGGAGUGUGGGAAGCUUAUCAGGAUGGUGUAAUGAGGGGAAAUGGGGACAGUCUGGCCCCUUACCAUCCAAUCAAACCACAAGGGGUAUUGAUUCUGGGACAAGAGCAGGACACUCUCGGUGGAGGGUUUGAUGCCACUCAAGCGUUUGUCGGUGACAUGGCGAAUUUCAACAUCUGGGACCGAAAGCUGUCCGUGGGAGAGAUUUAUAACCUGGCCACAUGCAGCAGCAAAGCACAAGUGGGGAACGUCUUCUCUUGGUUGGAAACCAGCAUUGAGAUCUACGGAGGAGCUUCGAAAUGGACAUUUGAGGCCUGUCGCCAACUGAACUAAAAGAGCACAGAAAUCUCCCAGCCAAUGAGAGAUACGAGUUUCCAGGUGUCUGUUACCAAAUCAUGCAUCCUUAAAGAACAUUGUCAAUCAAGAACAAACAUAGACAUCAAAAUCAACUGGACUUUUCUAGAUAUUUCAAUAUUUCUUGUCUCUUAACACUUAAAACAAUCACGUUUUUGUCAUGUAUUUCUGGAUCUUGAAGGCAUAUGCUGAUGUUGGUCUUAGCUUGAAAGCACAGUGGUUUCGCUCUUCUCUGGUUGUCUGUUGGGCAAGCAACGCCUUACCGGAAAACUACUUAACACAAUAUGUCUCAGACUUCCAUAUUUACAGCCUGGAUCA